UUUCUUUUCAACUGCUCGACACGUAUUUCAAUGCUCUUAUAAAAUAUAGUUCCGUAACUUAUUUUUGAGAUUUUCUUUUCCUGAAUAAAAAUAUAACAUCCAAACUUUAAUUCAGAAAAAGAAAAUUUUAAAAAUAAAUUACACAACUACACUCUACAGGAGCAUUAAAGUUCGUGCCGCCGUCCCCCAAUGUAUAGAACUCAGGGGGACGGAGGGAGUAUGACACCUUUGCUCUUCAAUUUCACAAUAUACUACUCUAUUCAUUCUGCUUAAUUCCAUCCUAGAAGCUUCUACAACAUUCUAUCCAUGGCACCACUGUCAGAUGAGGACUUGUUACUAAAGCAGCAACUGCAGUUGUGUGUGGAGAAAGUCAUGGACUCUGAUGUUGCUUCGCGAAAGAUUGCUCUCGAAAUCAUGAGAAAGGAAAUCCAGACUUCAACAAGCUCCAUGACUUCAGUCCCAAAGCCAUUAAAGUUUUUGCGUCCUCAUUAUGGAACCCUGAAAGUACAUUAUGAAACGAUGGAACUUUCUGAUGUCAAGAAACUACUAGCAGACAUGCUUUCAGUUUUGGCUAUGACUAUGGCAGCUGAAGGAAAACGGGAGAGUUUGAAAUAUAGAUUGUUGGGAUCUGAAGGUGAUAUUGGUUCAUGGGGCCAUGAGUAUGUCAGGAACUUGGCAGGGGAAAUUGCACAGGAGUAUAUGAGACGAAAGAAUGAAGAGGACACAGUUGAUGAUUUAAUGGAACUGUUAAAGCAGAUUGUUGCAUUUCACAUGCAGCAUAAUGCAGAGCAUGAGGCUGUUGAUCUUCUUAUGGAGGUCGAACAACUCAAUUUAUUGAAGGAGCAUGUUGACAAGACAAAUUAUAGAAGGACAAGUCUUUACCUCAUCAGUUCAGCUAAAUACCUCCCUGAACCAGAUCAUUUGCAAGUCGCUGAUGUUGGAUAUAACAUAUAUAUGAAGUUUAAAGAUUAUUCAAGGGCACUUCAUAUUGCACUGUUUUUAAGUAACAUGAAGUAUGUGAAGGAGGUUUUCGCCUCUUGCAAUGAUACACUGCAGAAGAAGCAAUUUUGUUACAUUCUUUCCCGCCAUGGAAUUACAUUUGAGCUGGAUGAUGAAAUGUGUUCUGAUGAUGAAGAGAAAGAAACAAUGCAAGAAAUUGUCAACAAUGAGAAAUUAACUGAAGGUUACCUCAUGCUUGCUCGUGAUAUAGAAAUUAUGGAGCCCAAAUCUCCUGAGGACGUCUGUAAGGAAUCUUUGCUUGAUGGCCGGGCUGGUGGGGGUGCAACUGUUGAUUCAGCUAGGCAAAACCUGGCAGCGACAUUUGUUAAUGCGUUUGUGAAUGCUGGCUUUGGUCAAGACAAGCUAAUGACAAUACCAUCAUCAGAGACCUCAAGUGCUGAGACUCCUGGGCAUUGGCUUUAUAAGAACAAAGGACACGGAAAGGCUAGUGCUUGUGCAAGUCUGGGGAUGAUCAUGCUUUGGGAUGUUGACAAUGGACUUAGCCAGAUGGAUAAGUUUUUACACAAUAGUGAUAUGCAUGUAAUAGGAGGUGCAUUAUUGGGGAUUGGAAUAAUGAACUGCAACAUCAAACAUGAAUAUGACCCUGCAUGGGCCACUCUUGCAGAUCAUACUGACAGAGAAGAUUCCAUUGUUAGCAUAGGUGCAGUAAUGGGUCUUGGUCUUGCUUAUGCAGGUUCCCGAAAUAAAAAGGUUACAGAUAAACUGACCAUUAACCUAGUACAUCCAAAGUCUCUUGAUGUGAUUGCUUUCACAGCAAUCUCACUGGGAUUGGUACAUGUGGGCUCUUGUGAUGUAGGGGUGGAGCAGACAAUUAUUAAUGCAUUAAUGAAUCUUAGUGAAUCAGAAUUGGGAGACCCUCUUACCCGUCUCAUGGCUCUCGGCCUCGGUCUCCUUUACCUUGGUAAACAGGAAAGGGUAGCAGAGACAGCUCAAGUUUUUAAUACAUAUCACAACAAAAUCACUAAAUACUGUAACGUCACCAUGCUCUCUUGUGCGUAUGCCGGAUCUGGGGAUGUUCUAAAGGUCCAACACUUUAUUGGUCAGUGUGCACAACAUCUUGAUGAGGGUGAAACCCAUCAGGGUCCGGCUGUUAUUGGAAUUGCGAUGGUGGCCAUGGAAGAAGAACUUGGUAGCGACAUGGCAAUACGUUCCUUAGAGCAUCUGUUACAGUAUGGAGAAGACAACAUUAGAAGGGCAGUCCCAUUGGCUCUUGGGCUCCUUUGCAUAUCAAACCCAAAGGUCAACGUUACGGAUACAUUAUAUCUACUUAGCCAGGAUCCAGAUAUGGAAGUAGCUAUGGCUGCCGUCAUUUCUUUGGGGUUGAUAGGUUCAGGAACUAACAAUGUUAGAAUAUCAUGCAUUCUAGGGAUUCUGUCGGGUUAUUACUACAACGAAGCUAGCCUUCUCUUCUGUGUACGAAUUGCUCAAGGUCUAUUACACAUGGGGAAAGGCUUGUUGACACUCUCCCCUUGCCACUCUGAACGGUUCUUAUUCUCCCCGAAGGCGCUUGCUGGAGUUGUAAUUUUGCUGCAUGCUUGUCUUGAUAUCAAAGCCAUUAUCCUAGGCAAAUAUCAUUAUGUGCUUUACUUCCUUGUUCUGGCUAUUCAGCCAAGGAUGUUAUUAACUGUGGAUGAAAAUCUCAAACCUCUGGCGGUUCCUGUUCGAGUUGGCCAAGCUGUUGAUGUUGUUGGUCAGGCAGGUCGGCCAAAGACAAUUACUGGUUUCCAGACCCAUUUGACUCCUGUAAUAUUGGCAGCUGGUGAUAGAGCUGAACUUGCAACCGAGAAGUAUAUACCACUAUCACCGAUUUUAGAAGGCUUUGUCAUUUUAAGAGAGAAUCGAGAUCAUGAGGAGGAUAACUAGAUACUGUGAACUGAUGUAAACUCUGCAACAUGCCCAACCAAUUUAGAGCUUUUUGGGCGACUUUUGCGGUUUGUAAUGCUUGAUAUGUUAUCCUGGCAAAAUUCAGUACAAAAGAGGGCAGUUGGGUGAGAACCAACUUAUAACAGUAUUAUGAUGAGAGUUUUCAGUUAAGCUACUUGUGUAAGAUUGUUGUUAAUCAGUACGUGAAGCAUGUAGUUUGUCUCCUCUUUUGGGGCAUUAUGCUUUUA